AUGGCGGACAACAGGUCGGCGGCGGCGGCGGCGGUGGGGCCGCUGCUGCUGCCGCGGAAGAAGUCGGCGGCGGCGCAGUACACCCGGAGCGCGUCGCACGCGGGGGACGAGCUGCGCAGCUUCCGGGCCUGCCUCCGCUGGAUGUGCAUCGACCACACGGACGGGCCGCGCUCCGCGGGCUCCUGGGCGGUCUUCUUCCUGCUCGCCGUCGCCGCGCCGGCCGCGGUCACCCUGGCCCUCCCGGCCUCGGCGCCGCCGCGGCCGCUGGACGGGCAGGUGCAGGUGUCCCUCACCCUGGCCGCCACGCUCGCCUUCCUCUCCCUCUGCUCGCUGCUCCGGGUCGGCCUCCGCCGCCUGCUCUGCAUCGACCGCCUCCGCCACGACUCGGACGAGGUGCGCGCCGGCUACACCGCGCAGCUCAACCGCUCCUUCCGCGUCCUCGCCUGCUUCCUCGCGCCCUGCUCCCUCGCCGACGCCGCCUACAAGGUCUACUGGUACUGGGCCGCCGCGCCCUUCCGCUCGCCCUGGUGGAACGCCGCCGCAUGCGCGCUCGAGGCCGCCUCCUGGGUCUACCGCACCGCCGUCUUCUUCAUGAUCUGCGUGCUCUUCCGGGUCAUCUGCUACCUGCAGGUGCUGCGCAUGGUCGGCUUCGCAAGGGAGUUCGGCAGGUUCGCCGACGUCGCCGUCGUGCUGGAGCACCACCGCCGGAUCAGGGACCAGCUCCGACGGAUCAGCCACCGGUACCGGCGCUUCAUAAUCUUCUGCCUCGUGCUCGUCACCGCCAGCCAGUUCUCCGCCCUGCUCGCCACCACCAGGCCACAUGCGCGGAUCAAUAUCGCCACCGCCGGCGAGCUCGCGCUCUGCUCAGUGAGCCUCGUGGCGGGUCUGCUGGUCUGCCUCCACAGCGCGGCCAAGAUCACGCACAAGACGCAGGCCAUCACGAGCGUGGCGGCGGCGUGGCACGCGGACGCCACCAUCCACGCCUUCGACAACGACCUGGAGGACCCCGACCCCGCCCUGCCCGCCGCCACCGGCUACCUGGCGCCGGCCAACGCCUACCGGGUGGCCCCCGGCGAGGAGUCCGACGGCUACGGGGACGCCGCCGACGACGACGACAACAUGAGCGAGGGCUCCAUCGACGACUCCAAGCUCGUGCCCUUCCAGGUCAACAACAUGUGCUUCCAGAAGAGGAGUGAACUACCUGGAGAACAACCGGGCGGGGAUCACGGUGUACGGCUUCGUGGUCGACCGGACAUGGCUGCACGCGCUCUUCAUGAUCGAGUUCUCGCUCGUCAUGUGGCUGCUGGGGAAGACGGUCGGCAUAUCUUGAAGGCCCUUUGA